CAGAGACGAGGCAGAAGAGGAACAAGCAGCUCCUCCUGAAGAGAAGGAUCCAGGACAGGGACAGAUGUGGUGGCCCAGCCUGUCAUGGCCGGGCCUGGGGCCCGUGGUCCCCUCCCCGUGGCUGCUGCUGCUGCUGGCCACGGCAUCCUGGCUCGUGGCUCGGGUCCUCGUGUGGAUCUACGCCUUCUGCAAAACCGCGUGGCGCCUCCGGUGCUUCCCGCAGCCGCCGAGGCGGAACUGGUUCCUGGGGCACGUGGGCCUGGGCCCGCCCACAGAGCAGGGCAUGCAGGAAGUGACGCAGCUGGUGGCCGCCUACCCCCAGGGUUUCAUGGUGUGGCUGGGCCCUGUUGUUCCCCUCAUCAGUCUGUGCCACCCUGACGUCGUGCGACCCGUCCUCAACGCCUCAGCUGAAGUGGCGAUCAAGGACGUGAUCUUCUACGAGUUCCUGAGGCCCUGGCUGGGCGACGGACUCCUGCUGAGCGCCGGGGCCAAGUGGGGCCGCCACCGGCGCAUGCUGACGCCCGCCUUCCACUUCAGCAUCCUGAAGCCAUACCUAAAGAUCUUCAACGACAGCGUCAACACCAUGCACGCCAAGUGGCGGCGUCUGAUGGCGGAGGGCGUCACGCGUCUGGACAUGUUCGAGCACAUCAGCCUCAUGACCUUGGACAGUCUGCUGAAAUGCGUCUUCAGCUUUGACAGCAACUGCCAGGAGAAGCCCAGUGAGUACAUCGCUGCCAUCGUGGAGCUCAGCGCCCUGGUGGCCAAGAGACACCAGCAACCGCUGCUGCACCUGGACUUCCUGUACCAGCUGACCCCCGACGGGCGCCGCUUCCGGAAGGCCUGCCGCCUGGUGCACGCCUUCACCGACGCUGUCAUCCGGGAACGGCGCCGCUCCCUCCUGGGCCAGGGCCUGGAUGAUGGCCUCCGGGCCAAGGCCAAGGCCAAAACCCUGGACUUCAUCGACGUGCUUCUGCUGGCCAAGGAUGAGGACGGGAAGGCGCUGUCCGACCAGGACAUCCGGGCGGAGGCCGACACCUUCAUGUUUGAGGGCCACGACACCACGGCCAGCGGGCUCUCCUGGGUCCUCUACAACCUGGCCACGCACCCGCAGCACCAGGAGCGCUGCCGGCAGGAGGUGCGGGAGCUGCUGAGGGACCGCGACCCGCAGGAGGUGGAGUGGGACGACCUGGCCCGGCUGCCCUUCCUCACCAUGUGCCUCAAGGAGAGCCUGCGGCUGCACCCGCCCGUCACCGUCAUCUCCCGCCGCUGCGCGCGGGACGUGCAGCUGCCCGACGGCCGGGUCAUCCCCAGAGGCGUCAUCUGCCUGAUCAGCAUUUUCGGGAUUCAUCACAACCCCGCGGUGUGGCCGGACCCCGAGGUCUUCGACCCCUCCCGCUUCGACGGGGACCACGCGGAGGACCGGUCCCCGAUGGCCUACGUCCCCUUCUCGGCGGGGCCCAGGAACUGCAUCGGGCAGACCUUCGCGCUGAGCGAGAUGAAGGUGGCGCUGGCGCUGACGCUGCUGCGCUUCCGCGUGCUGCCCGCAGGGGGCGCCGCGGGGCCCGAGCCGCGCCGGAAGCCGGAGCUCAUCCUGCGCGCCGAGGGCGGCCUGUGGCUGCGCGCGCAGCCCCUGGACUGACCCCGCCCCGCCCCCGCCCUCCCCCCGCCCGGACAG